AUGACUGACGACUGGGGUACGAACGAAAUCCCCGCUGAUGAUCCCUGGAACCACCCCAAGGGCGGCGACGGCGUGGGCGGAAAUGGUGAUGACCGUGCCUGCUUCAACUGCGGCCAGUCUGGUCACAACAAGGCCGAUUGUCCCGAGCGUCCCAAGGGCUUCGAUGGUACCUGCCGCGCCUGUGGUCAGGAAGGCCACUCUCGUCGUGAUUGCCCCGACGCUCCUGCCAUGACUUGCCGCAUCUGUGGCGAGGAGGGUCAUAUUCGCAAGGACUGCCCCCAGAAGCCUGCCGAUGCCUGCCGCAACUGCCUCGAGGAGGGUCAUGAGACCGUUGAGUGCAAGGCCCCUCGCAAGAUCGAUCGUGGCUUGAUCCCCGAUGUCGACGCUGAAAAGGCCUGGGAGGAAAUUUGCGAGGCUGUCGAGGAGCGUGACGGAGUCGAGGCCAAGGAUGCAAUCUAUAAGUACCUCAAGCACUUCCCUGAAAUGACCUAUGUCGAGCUAGAGAAGGCUUUCCGCGGCCAGGAGAUCGGUGUCUACCUCAUUGCCACCGAGCGUGUCCUUGCCCCUACCCACACCAACAUGGAUCUUCAGGGCAACUUGGACAAGAAGUACACUGUCCAGUACCGCUUCUCUGCUCAUCCCGACCGCCAGCGCGAGAAAGCUACCUGGCCUUCUUCUCCCGAGGAGAAUAUGACCCGCCUCGAAGAUGCGGGGGAGCCUGUCUCUCGCCUCCUACAGAAGUGCAUCAACUGCAACGAGCUUGGUCACAUUUCCAAGUCCUGCCCCCAGGAGGCCAUGGAGAAGGCCCGCAUCACCAUCACCUGUUACAACUGCGGUGAGGAAGGUCAUCGCGUUCGUGAUUGCCCCACACCCCGCGUCGACAAGUUCGCUUGCAAGAACUGCGGCCAGUCUGGCCACAAGGUCUCGGAGUGCACCGAGCCCCGCAAGGCCGGUGAUGAUGUCGAGUGCAACAAAUGCCACGAGAUGGGCCAUUUCUCCCGCGACUGCCCUCAGGGUGGUGGCGGUGGUGGCCGCGCUUGCCACAACUGCGGCAACGAGGGUCACAUCUCCCGAGAGUGCCCUGAGCCUCGUAAGAUCAAGUGCCGUAACUGCGAUGCGGACGGCCAUCUUUCCAAGGACUGCGAUAAGCCCGUUGAUGUCACCCGCAUCAAGUGCAACAACUGCGGCGAGAUGGGACACAAGUCCUACCGCUGCCCUAACCCUCCCAAAGAGGACGUGGAUGACUUUGGUCCCCCCCACGAUGCCUCCAAAAGUGCUUACAACGAGCCCGACACUGGCGAUGCCUGGGGUGCGGGUGGUGACGGUGGUGCUUCCACCCAAGAUGCCGGCAACGAUGGCUGGUAG